GGUCAGAGUGGUUAUGAAAGAUUUUUUCAGGUGGUUGUAUAACAGGGUGGAAGACAGAGAAGAGCGGCCACAGAGCACCAUGGAGAGAUCCGGCCACCCGGUAUUGCCUGACAUUAGCUGUAUGAAGCAGCAGCUGAUGCAGGGAGAGAUCCAGGCGGAGGAGUUCUUCUGUAUGAUCCUGUCCACUAUGGGGGAUAACACCACUCACCGCCACUUCCCUGACCUCAUACAGAGCCUGAGCAAGGUCUACCCCGGCCUGCAUGACCAGCUGAUGUCCAUACACCGAGCAUACUUCCUCCAGAGACCUUCAGAGCAGACCUAUGAGGAGGAGCUGGAGCUGGCAGUAGCUUUAUCUCUCCAGGAAGCCCAAUCAGCUGCCGGCUCUGGCUGCACAAUCCCGUAUCCGGUCUCCAGUUCUAGAGUCUCAUUCGCAGAAGCUGCUAAGAAAUCAUCUCUCCCACAAAGCACUGGUGACCCGAAACCCUCAUCUACUGCCAAAUGGGGGAACGUCCGGGGGGACUCGGCCAAUGAAGAGCUUUCUAAAAACCUGGCCAAACUUCAGACUACAAAUCACCUGGACAGCUUGUAUUCUGGCCAACCAGAACCCGAGGACUGUGUUCUACACUGUGAUGGGAGAGAGAUUUAUCCAAUCCAGUCCCCGAUCAAAAAGGAAGACAAGAUGAAAAGGAACAGGAGGGGCAGAAGAAAGAAGAACUCGUCGGUUCAGAGAAAUCCGGUACGGAUGAAAGCAGUGGUGGUUUGGUUCAGGAGAGACCUCCGACUCCAUGAUAAUCCAGCUUUAAUUGCAGCCUUAGAACUGGGAGCGCCCAUCAUCCCUGUCUUCCUGUGGAGUCUGAGUGAGGAGAAGGGUCAGAACUUCACACUGGCUACCGGUGGUGCUACGAAAUAUUGGCUUCACCAUGCUUUGGCCCAACUCAACCUGGCUCUGGCACAGAACUAUGGCAGCCACAUAGUCUUCCGAGUGAAUGAUUCUUGCGCUGAUGAACUUCUACACCUUGUGCAGGAGACCGGUGCAGGCACCGUCCUAGUGAAUGCAGUGUAUGAGCCUUGGUUAAAGGACCGAGAUGAUCUCAUAUCAGAGACAUUAAAGGGACAAGGAGUGACGUUUACAAAAUACCAUUCAUACUGCCUAUAUGAACCAUAUUCAGUCAGUUCUGAGGGUGUCGGACUUCGAGGUAUUGGCUCUGUGAGCCAUUUCUUGAGCUGCUGUGAAAGGAACUCUUCCACCCCAAUAGGAGAUCCCCUGGAGGCUCCCACAAGCCUUCCUCUGCCGUCAUGCUGGCCUGACUCACUGGAGCUGGACAGAUUGGACUUGGCAAAGAUGCCUCGCAGGAAAGAUGGCACUGUGGUAGACUGGGCAGCAACUAUCAGGAAAUCUUGGGACUUCAGUGAAGAUGGAGCUUAUACUUGUUUAGGGAAUUUCCUUGAAGAUGGCAUAAAACACUAUGAUAAGGAGUCUGGGCGAGCCGAUAAGCCGUACACCAGCCACAUUUCCCCAUAUCUCCACUUUGGACAGAUUAGCCCGAGGACAGUGCUGCACGAAGCAUACUUUACCAAAAAGAGCGUGCCAAAGUUCCUAAGGAAGCUGGCUUGGCGGGACCUGGCUUACUGGUUGCUCGUCCUCUUUCCAGACAUGCAUGUGGAACCUGUCAGGUGGGCAUACAAGAGUCAACGCUGGAGCAGUGAUCAGAGCCAUCUACAAGCCUGGCAGAAAGGGAUGACUGGAUACCCUCUGGUAGAUGCUGCCAUGAGAGAGCUCUGGCUCACCGGCUGGAUGUGCAAUUACUCCAGACAUGUAGUGGCCUCUUUCCUUGUGGCUUAUCUUCACCUACAUUGGAUCCAUGGCUACAGAUGGUUCCAGGACACUCUUGUGGAUGCAGAUGUUGCUAUCAAUGCCAUGAUGUGGCAGAAUGGGGGGAUGUCAGGACUAGACCACUGGAAUUUUGUCAUGCAUCCUGUAGAUGCCGCCUUGACCUGUGACCCCUGUGGCUCCUAUGUGAGGAAGUGGUGUCCGGAGCUGGCUGGGUUGCCUGAUGAACACAUCCACAAGCCAUGGAAAUGUCCUCCAUCUCAACUCAGGCGAGCUGGUAUAGCAUUGGGUCAGAACUACCCACACCGCAUUAUAGUGGACUUAGAGGAGAGGCGAGAGCAGUCCCUCAGAGAUGUGGUUGAAGUACGUCAGAAACACUCCGAGUAUGUAGACAAGGUCUCCGGCUCUGACAUGGUGUCAGUUUCUGAUCAGCUCCUGGCUCUCACCUUGGGAUGUCCGGACGGAGAUGACGACCUCAUCAAGAGCCACACAGGCCGGUUCCUGUUACCCGUCAUCACCAGGAAGGAAUUUAAAUACAAGACACUCCAGCCAGAUACCAAAGACAAUCCCUACAACACCGUGCUAAAAGGUUAUGUGAGCCGCAAGCGGGAUGAAACCAUCGCUUUCAUGAAUGAGCGACACUUCACAGCCAGCACUAUAAAUGAAGGGGCACAGAUGUACGAGAGGAGGGAGAGAACUGCCAGACUCAUGGAGGGUCUUCCACAAGUCAGAGACCCCAAGAAUAAAAGCCGCAGAACUCCCCGCAGUGACCCCCUCUCUAUCAUUCCUCCAGCCUACUUUCAUCUAGCUAACUAAUUCCCUUCCCAAACGCUGCUCACAAUGGUUGGUGGAGG